CCAACCCUCCCCAGCCCGCAAACCUCGCGCCACGUCUCCGACGCGCGCGCCGCCGUCGUCGCCUCCAUCGGCAACAUGCUCGACUCGGAGCUCCAGUCCCGCGCGGCCCUGCUGCACGCCAACGCCGCCGCCCUUGAGAAGCAGGAGCGGGACGUGGUCCGCGCGACGGACGGCCUGAGGCGGGAGACGCAGAAGCUCAAGGCCGAGGCGGACAAGGCCGCGCGCAAGGUGAAGGAGCUGGGCAACGUGCAGAACUGGGCCGAGGUGCUGGAGCGCGGGUUCUUGGUGCUGGAGGAGACGGUGCGGUUGGCGAAUGGGGGCGGCGGCGAGACGGAUGAGGAGGAGGAGGAGGAU